AUGGCUAGAACAAAUGGGUUUAAAAGACCACUACAUAUUUUGCAAGUGCUCUCAUGAGUAAUAGGGAGUUUACUUGCGUUAACCUUUUAUCUCCUUAUAAUUCCUCCUCUGAUAUCAAGCUCCAAAAUUGUAUUUGGACUAUCAUACUCAAUUUUUUCAGUUUUCACAAUCUUAUUUAUGAUUAUAUGCACUAUUAUUGAUCCUACUGAUUUAGCAAUAGAAGCUGAACGAAAUGCUAACUACCCCCCUCCGUGAGUGAGCAAAACCAUUAGAAAAAUCCCUAUGUUUUGCCCAAAAGCCCACCCUCCGUGAGUGAACAAAAAUUUUUUUAAUAGAUAAAUUUUUUAUGGGAAAAAUUUUGAUAUAUAAGUAAUAAUUAGUAUAAUGAAAUCUAGAGCUGAUUCUGUUUAAUUUUAAAAAAAUCGCGCGUUUUAAAAACAUAAAUUUUAUAAAUUAAAUUAAUAUUUGCCUUCCAAUUUUUGAAAGUGGAAUUUUGUUAAAAUUUCGAAAAAAAAAUUUCUAUAAAAUUUAUAUAUAAAUUUUUUUAAAAAAAAUUAACCCCCCUCCGUGAGUGGACAAAAUUUUUGUUUCACUCACGGAGAGGGGGGGAGUAAGAAUGGCACGUAUCAUUAAUAUAGAUCAUCAUAUAAAAUUUCUGGACUCACCAAAAUUUGCCGAAUAUGCAAAUCAUAUGUCCAUGAUAAUGCAAAGCACUGCGGCUACUGCGAUCGGUGUGUUGAUGGGUUUGAUCAUCAUUGUAAAUGAUUAAAUAAUUGCGUUGGCAAAAAAAAUUAUAAAUAUUUUAUUUUCCUUAUACUUUCUAACAAUUGACGAAAUAUGUCCUUGAUGGCGAUGAAUCACUUUGGGUGCCAAAAAGCUUCAUAGACUAAAUAGAGAUCUAGGACCUUUAAUUGCCUUGAGCAGCCGUAUAGGGGAGGGCAACCUCAGUCAGCUGGUAGCCAUUCCAGUCCAGGUAUUAGUUAUCUGGAUGAUUUUUUUGGCCACAAUUCUUCUCCUGACAGUUCCGAAGGGCCUUGAUUCUUUUUUCAUAGUGUCACUCGCUUCAUUUCUUGUGAAUGCUAUUGAGACAAAGGUUAACCCGAUGCUUCCUGUAGGCCACCUUGAGGAAGAGGAGGAGUUUUUCUAGCCAAUCUGACUCAAGGAGUACACCGAUGUUAAGACAGGAUCUAGGACAGCUGGACUCUUGCAAGAGACUCCGAUGGCUGCUAUCGUGCGGAGGUAUCAAAUCUGUUAGACUUUAAACCCUUUAAUCUUAAAUCUAUUACUUUCUUUGGAGUUUUUUCUGGUUGAUCAAAUUCUGGGAUCGGUAUAUAUUAUGGCAGGGAUAAACAAAAAAUGAGAGGAAUAUGAAAAUAUAUUAGAUAAUUAUGAUAUGAAUGAUUCAGAAAUUUAUGGCUAUAUGACUGUGAUAUGCUUUUUUUGCUUAAUUGCAUUAGGUUUAUUCAUUUCAAACACCUAUUUAAUCUUAAUGCAUAUUUAUUUGAAUUACAAAGGAUGAUCAACCUAUCAAUAUAUUUUAAUCAUUAGAGAAAGUAAAGCGAAAGUAAAAAAUAUAUAGAAAAAUCAGCGGACUGCUCCAGAGAAGCUACCGAUUGACUCCAUAAAAGAGUACUAUGAGCCAUAUUUAAUUGAUAACCGAGACAGUAUGGAAAUUAUGCCGAUGCAUAAAAUUCUACCGAAUAUCUUAAAAGAUAUAACUACGAUUGGAUAUAAGGAAGAUCCAUCAGGUAAUCCUUCUUUAUCGAUUGACAUGCAGCUCGAUGAGGAUUCACUUCAAUCAAAUGAUAAUGUACAGUUCCAAGAAGAAACUAACUCCCCUCUAUGAGUUAACAAAACCAUUGAAAAAAUCCCUAUAUUUUGCCCAAAACCAGCCCUCCGUGAACGAACAAAAAAUUUUCUAUGAAAAAGCAUUUGAUAUAUAAAUGAUAAUUAUUAUAAUGAAAAUCUCUAGUUAAUUCUGAUUAAUUUUAAACAGCUUACAUUUUAAACCUAAAUUUUACAAUUUUUACGAAUUUGAAUUUUUUUUAGAUUUCGAAAAAAAAUUUUAGCAUAAAAUUUAUAUAUAAAUUUUCUUAAAACAAAAUUAACCCCCUCUCCGUAAAUGAAACAUUUUUUUUUUAUCUCAUGGGGUGGAAUAAGUAA